AUGGUUUUCAGCAUGUUGGUGAGGCGAUCCGGAGGUUUGGGCAAUGUAUGUGUUAAGCAUUUAGCGAUCCACGAUUCGUUGGGCGCUUCGGGACCGUAUCAGUCGGCUUGCCAAUCAACUGACCCGUUUUCCUUGGUCGACAAGGGAGCUCCCCUAAUCCCUACUUUCAGCGGAGUUUCUUCUAUCUCGGGAUUUUGGCCUCGC